AUGGAGAAAGAAACCAAGGCAUCCACCCAGUACGGAUCCCUGGAGUCAACCAAGUGGAGAGCAGCAGAUGCAGGCAAAGAGGAUGAGAUAGUGUCCAUGGCCGACUCCACAACGACCAUUGAUGACAUCGAAGGGGAGCUCUUCAAAAUUGAGAGGAUCCGGGAAGUUCUGGUGCGGAGGGAGUCGGAGCUCAGAUACAUGAUGGAUGACAUCCAGCUUUGUAAGGAAAUCACCAGAUUGAAAAAGGAGUUGAAGAAGCUGAUUGCAGUGCCAGAAAAUAAAAAAUCUAAAGAAGACAAGCAGCAGGAGGAGGAGCUAGUGCAGCAGAUUCACAAACUUGUGGAGACUCGAGAUUUCCUGGUGGAUGAUGUGGAGUUUGAAAGGCUCAGAGAACGAGAAGAAGACAAAGAAAUGGCAGAGUUUUUGAAGACCAGGAUUUCCAAAACCUGCCUUCCGAAAACAACUCCAGCAAAAGAAAAGAAGAUGACCUCAAGAGGACAGCAAACCUCUACACCAUAUGUAACAAAGACAGGCCUCACCCUCCUGAAGGAAUGCUGUGGCUUCACCUGCUCGGUCAUGUAG